AUGCGCAAGUCUAGUCGACCCGAAUCACGACGCCCGAGCCUAUUUUCUGUCCGGACACCUGAAGUCGGGGACGGAGCACCGGUGGAGAAUGCGAGGCCGAUACCUUCGAGGGUUGCGCAAAUAAUAACAUUCCAUUCUUCUAAUGAGGAAAAACAAGAAGAAGAUGAGCCAAAGUAUGACAUAGAGAUCUCAGUUCACGCUAUGGCGGGGACCCAAGGACCGAAAAUAAUAAUAUUACCGGCAUGGAUAAGUGACCACCAAAUGUCGCACCUCCACGUGCCACUGUCGGACCACCACGCGCCGUCGCAGGUGACCCGUGCACAGCCUGCAGACGCUGCGUGGAGCCACAGGCGACCGCACACAACCCGCAAACGCCGCGUACAGCCCGCAGACACUGUGCAAAGUCUGCAGGCAAGCACGCACAACUCGCAGGGACCGCACAGUCCGCAGGUGCCGCGUGCAGCCCACAGACGACCGCGCAUAACUGCAGAUUACUUGCGUAACCCACGUGUAGACGCAGCAUGA